UUAGUCAAGCUGCAGGACAAGUCGGGUCAAAAUCGUUGCCCUUCCGCCUGCACCUUCCCAUAUCCGCGGGGUCUCCUUAAACAUUGUCUUCCAUCAUUGUUCUCGCCGUCCUCUCCUUCAUUCUCUUUGUACGUAUCUAUAUACUACCAUUCAGCCCGCUGCCUUGCAAGCCCCGAAUUUGCCAAAAUGGGAUUCUCCAAGGAAGACGCAUCCAGACGGAUAUUGAGGGCUCUCAAGACUCUGUUCUUCCUGAUCACUAUGCUCGCCUCUCUUCUCCUUUUCUCAGCUCCCCUCCUCCUGGUUAUUGCCGACGCUCUUCUCCCUUCUGCUCUCUUCUCUGCCAUUUCCCCUUCCUCUCCCUCCCUCCAGACUCUCUCUUCCCAUUUCCAUCACUACGACUUUCGAUGCUCUCUCCUCGAUAUCCCCCUCCUCUCCAUUAUCAGGUCUUUCGUCAUCUUCUGUGUGUAUAGCUCGUGUGAUGGGCCGAGACUCUCACGAGGACCAUAUCUGGGGGUAACGACGGCUUGCUCUGUUUUGUCGGUGAUAUUUGUAUCGGUGAAAGCUGCUGUUUAUUUGUUUGGCGGGUCGGGUGGAAGAACCGUGAGAGCCUCGGAAAUAGCUCUGUUCAUGUGUUCCUAUGCGCUGGCGGCGGGCCAUAUCGUGGUUGCCCAUCGAACAAGUUGCAGAGAAAGACGGAAGCUUUUGGUCUACAAGAUUGACAUCGAAGCGAUUUCAGCCUGCCAGAACGGGCAUCCGAGGUAUCCCAAGAUCCUGCGGGAGGAACGAGUCAAAUGA